AUGUGGUACCGUUAUAUAAUUGGUGUUAUUCUUAUAUUUACUAUUUAUUUUCUUUUAUACUAUUUUCAAGUCCACUCGUCUUUCGCAACUAAUCUAUUAUUUUAUAGUUUUUCAAAAAAAGAUCAAACUAGUCGACAUACUGCAAUUAUAUUAGCAAAAACACCUUCAGUUAGAGUGCUAAAACAUUUAAAUGCUUUGAUUCAUGUUGGUGUCGAUGCUUUUGUUAUGUGUGAUGAACAACCAUCAAAAUAUACUAAUGAAACAAACCGUCUUUUAUACGUCAAUGAUGAAAGUCUUGCUCAAUAUGGUUUAAAUAGAAAUCGUGUUUGGGAUCGAGUUUUCGUUUGGUUAUACCAUCAGAUUUCAAUAGAUUAUGUUUGGCUAAUGGAAGAUGAUUUAACAUGGACUAAUGUACAUCAUAUGGUUGAUUUAUUUGAUAAAUAUGCGAAUAAUAGUGCAGAUCUCUUAUCAAGAAAUAUUAUUUAUAGAAAUCCAGGAACACUUGGUUGGAUGUGGUGGCCAAAAGUAUUUUUAAAAAUACUCCCAGAAAAUAAAUGGUCUGGUUCAUUAAAUAUGCUUUCACGUGUAUCACGCCGAUUAAUCAAUGCUCACCAAUACUAUGUUCAACAAUUAUUAUCUGAACGAAAAAAACUAAACUUAACUCAAUUUGAUAAUAAUUAUUAUUAUCAAGAAUUUCUUAUUCCAACUGUUGGUCAUAUGUUUAAUUUAACAAUGCUUAUCUAUGAUCAUUCGAAAAUGGAUGUUUUUUUUCUUGCACUUACUGAAAAUAAUAUUCGUGAUUCAUUAGCUAAUGGUAAACGCAUAUUCCACGCUGUUAAACAUGAUAGUCCAUUAUUAAUCAAUGCUACUGUAAUAAAAAAGAAAUAG